UCGAAUACGAGUUCCCAAUACUGCGAGCACUUCGGAAAAUAGUGCCGCUACCGGUGCUGGUGCACAGAAUGCGUAGGCUCGUAGUCAUUUGUGAUGAGUUGAGUCAUUUGCUUGUAGUCGGCCUCGUGCUCCCUGAGCGUAGUCGCUCGUGAUGGCUAACUUUUGUUCAGAGUCUUCCCUUCGUGUCGUGCAAACUUUUGGGUCGUUGGUUUGUCUUUGUUUAGUGUUAGUGCAUACGAAUUGUAGUUGUCACACUGUACAAGUCAUUUUCUGCUUUUCCUCUAGUAAUAGGAUUUCGAGAUAGUUUGGGACUCUGAUUGUUGAAGCAGUAAUUAGUAAUAGGCUGGGUGUGCAUAUUUAUCCUCAUACGCGAGCUAGUAUUCAGUAAUUGAUCGAUUAAGAUGCUUGGGGCUUUUUUGAAGAAUCAACGCGAAGCAGAUUCGCAGAAAAGUGGUAGUAUUGGUGGCACGCAGAAGAUUGCUGGCGUUAGAUCGUGGACUAUUGGCAAGGGCGGAAAGUUGAGGGCUUUUACGAACAACUCGACUGAAGGAGUGAAAGAGGCCGCUGGCAGUGCAAAUUUGCUUGCGGUGCAUUCUGGGGGAGUUGUCUCGUCAUCUUCUGCUGCGAGCUCUAGUUCUUGUUCUUCGUCCAGGAAGAGGCCGCCGAGGCCUCUAGGAGCAGUAGAGAAGGAGGGCGAGGCCAGUUUGUUGGCUCCUGCUGAUCUUGCUAUUUUCAUGAAUUCAGCCACCA